AUGUCGGCCGAACAGAACGACAGCGGUAGCGGCAGCGGCAGCGCAAGCGGGAGUGGGAGCGGCAGCGCUCGGCCGAGUCAGGUUCACACUCCUCUCCGCAGGGAAAAGAAGCGAGUAGGUUUCCACGCAAGCAGAGAAGGCUCUGGCGAGAGCAGCGAAUCACCAGCAGCACCUAGUCAACGUCCUCAAGGUCAAGAUGAAGGCGUCUUCUCGCCUGCUGGCUCACCCAAGCUUGCCCCUGGCGAACUACCGCCCAAUGCACCGGAUGCUUACGAGCUGAGUCUCGCUCUGACCAAGAUCCUGUCUGCUGAGCAGGAGAAGAAGCGUCAGGAGCUGCAGACACAGAUGCUGGCACCGGAUACACCAGAUAUGAUCGGCCCCAAGAGGCCCAGACCGGCUUUACGCAGAAACACCAGUUAUGACGAUCCAGGAGAGAGGGAGAAGGCGGACCAGGCUGAGUCCAGGACUACGGAGCGGCAGUACAGAUCCAUGGCGGACGCUCGCCAAAGAGCAGAUCGAUUAGCCGUGUCGGUGGGAACUGGAAGUUUCUCAGCGCCAGGAUCUCGACGGGGGUCUCUUGAACUUGACGACAUUCCGUCAUUCAAGCCUUUGAUCGAGGACUACGACAGUCCCAAGAUUACACCACCGCCAAAGUCGGCUACUGUCGAGGACGCAGGCUAUUUUGGACUUCGACAGCGUGUUCCUAGAAACGACGACACUGACCGCUUUCAACACCACGCCGCCGCUGAGAACCUCGUCAGAUCUCACACUCGCAAGGGAAAGAGAGAUUUGUUCACGGUGCAUCCCAACGGAGGACAUGCUUCUGGUACAGCGACUCCUGUUCUUCAGCAAGCUUAUGCUCACGACUACGUCCCACGACCCGACCAAUACCGCGGCGGUAUUCUCUCUUCAUUGCUGAAGCUCUACCAGGACGAUGUGAAAGCCCCUGGCAGUGGAAUGAACACGCCCAAAGAUCCAGGAACCCCUUUAAUGUCUCCACGCGGCUCGCCUCCGAUAUCGAGGCCUGGCUCAUCAAACGGCACUCCUCCUGUUCGAUCACCUGCUCGCUCGCGACCAUCCAGCGGCUUGUUCAACUACCACAAGUCCCGCCACUCAACCUCUUCUCUUGCUCUCACGGAGCUGAUGAAGUCGUCCUCUAUGUUUGCUGCUCCCGCGUCUGCCAACAUCUCUGACAAGUGGGCCGAGAAGAUCAAGCAACAACCACCACCACCCAAGAAGCGAGAUAAGUCUCGCAUCACCAUACACAUCGCCGGUAUUAUCCAACGCCAUCGGUAUCUGCUCAAGCUUUGUCGGGCACUCAUGAUGUACGGUGCUCCUACACAUCGGCUGGAAGAGUACAUGACUAUGUCAUCGCGAGUUCUCGAGAUCGAAGCGCAGUUUCUUUACUUGCCUGGCUGUAUGAUUAUCAGCUUCGACGAUAGCACCACGCAUACAACCGAGGUUAAGCUCGUUCGUGUGCCGCAGGGUAUCGAUCUUGGACGUCUUCGGGAUGUGCAUAACAUCUACAAGGAGGUUGUCCAUGACAAGAUCGGUGUUGAGGAGGCCACAAAGAGACUGGAUGAGGUCAAUGAGCGUAAGCCUAAGUACAACGUCUGGGUGCGAGUUUUCCUAUACGGCGUCGCAUCAGCUUGUGUUGCCCCCUUCGCCUUCCAGGGCCGAUUCAUCGACUUGCCCAUUGCUUUCCUCCUUGGUUCAGUCGUCGGUAUCCUUCAAUUGGUCAUAGCUCCCAGCAACGAGCUAUACGCCCACGUCUUCGAGGUUUCCGCCGCCGUCAUCACAUCCUUCUUCGCACGCGCAUUCGGUUCUAUUCAAAACGGCCAGCUAUUCUGUUUCAGUGCUUUGGCGCAAAGCAGUAUCGCCUUGAUUCUCCCAGGUUACAUGGUCCUCUGCAGUUCGCUCGAGCUUCAAAGCCAUAACAUUGUCGCCGGUAGUGUCCGCAUGGUUCACGCUCUUAUCUACACUCUCUUCCUCGGAUACGGCAUCACCAUCGGUGCUUCUCUUUACGGCAUGAUCGACAGCAAUGCAUCGAGUCGUUCGACCUGCGAUAGACCACUGGAGCGGGGGUGGUACUUCCUCUUCGUGCCCGGGUUCACUAUGUGUCUCUGUCUCAUCAAUCAGGCCAAGUGGAAGCAGUCUCCCGUUAUGGUCGGGAUGGCUUUGGCUGGCUGGUCUGUAAACAGCUACUGUGCCGAGUACUUUGGUGGAAACGGCCAGAUCUCCAACAUGCUGGGUGCCCUGACCAUUGGUAUUCUCGCAAAUCUUUACUCUCGUAUUGGACGACACGUCGAGAACGGCUGGUUGGACUUUGUCGACUGGUGGAAACUCAGAGUUCGUCCCAGGUACACAAAGAAGAAGGUCGACCAGUGGUCCAUUCCCACUAUCUUGGACCCCGAGUCCCGUCCCGUCACACCAGAGAAGGACCAAGAACACGAGAAGAAGCCCCGAAAGGUCGGAUACAGUCUUGCCGCAGCGGCUAUGCUUCCUGCUAUCUUCGUGCAGGUACCAUCUGGUCUAGCAGCCGGUGGCUCUCUACUAGCCAGUAUCACCAUGGCGGAUGAGAUUACCAAGAACGGAACCAAGAUCGCAUCCGAUAUGAACACAAUGGGCAACCUUGAAGGAACAGCGUUCAACGUCUUGUUCAAGGUCAUCCAGGUUGCCAUUGGUAUCAGCGUUGGCCUGUUCUUGAGUGCACUGAUUGUCUACCCGUUGGGUAAGAGAAGAAGUGGUCUGUUCAGUUUCUAA